CCACCCUUCCGGCUCCGAGCUCCGUCCCAUCGCCUCCACCUUCCGCCCCGCGCCGGCUGUCGGCGCGACCGUCGCCGCGUUCCAUCGUCGCUCGGCCCUGGCGGCGCCCGAGCCCGCAAUGUCGGGCCCCAACGGGGACCUGGGCAUGCCGGUGGAGGCGGGAGCGGAAGGCGAGGACGACGGCUUCGGGGCAGCAGAAUACGCUGCUAUCAACUCCAUGUUGGACCAGAUCAACUCCUGUCUGGACCACCUGGAGGAGAAGAAUGACCAUCUCCACGCCCGCCUCCAGGAACUGCUUGAAUCCAACCGGCAGACACGCCUUGAGUUCCAGCAGCAGCUUGAAGAGGCCCCCAGCGAUGCCAGCCCCUAGGCUCUGGGAGCCCCCAGCCAGGCCCCAGCCCUGCCUCCCUGGGCCAGGCUCUGGCCUGAGCACUCACCACCUGGCUUAGAUACCUUCUCAAGGGCUGGCCUACAGAUCUCCUGGGGGUCUGCCUACCUAGGCACCCCCUUCUGGUACUUCCCUUGGCGUGCCUGGACCAGCCCCCAUCUCCCGGCAUCCCUUCCUGGGGCCAGGUGUGGGCUAGCGACCCACCUGCCUUGCCUGCCUGCCCAACUCCUGGACGCUCCCCACUCUGCCCAGGCCUUGAGUGUCCACAUUAAACGGGUCUCCAACACCA